GUAACUGAGAUACAUGCCGCUCCAUAAUUUAUUGCAAGGGCUUCCCCUUUUGGACCACCCUGUACUUUUUUACAACCACACAAAGCUGAGCUGACAAAAUUAUGAGAUUAGCUAGAACUAUUUUCAAUCUUUUGAUUUUAAAUAGAGGUGCUAGGCGGCGGGGUACACCUCCCAAGAACUUUGACUAUCGGAGUUUUUAUGGGCAUUCAGAUUAUAAAUAAAGCCCCGGAGCCGCAUCAGUAUACACUCCGUGGCAGUACUCGUCUUCAACAUAGCAUUGGAGUUUGUUGGAAGUGAUGGCAUACCAAGUCACAUGGCGGUGUUACUAAUUCAAAAGCAUGAUUUUAAGCCACCCUGUAAAUAAUGUCAUGUGACAGUCACGUGCUUGUUUACUUCCGGUAAACAUGUUAUGAAAUAAUUUUUCGUAUCUAAUCUUUUCUCGUGACUUAAAUCAAUGCGAAGUCGCUUUUGUAGAGACAAUUGCUUCACGAUGGUGUCUGGACUUUUGUUGGGAGCUUCAACUUUAUUUGUAGUUAUAGUUUGUGCGGUCGGCGGCCCAUUACACGCCUCUUGUACCAUCGAAUGGUCAUGGGAUGCCAAAUGUAGUGACGUCAACAAUGCUAUUGUUAAACAAAUAGCUUUAUGGAAAACAGAUGACAACUGCAAAGGAGGAGGAGAGAAAUGCCUCUACGCGCUUGUGAGUAGAACUGACAGAAUAAUAAAAGCGACACACACCACACCUAAGAAGGGAUAUGUCGAUGAUCUCACAUUUACUUUUACACAGAAUAGCAACAUUUGUAACGUCAAUGGUCACUCAACCUCGGAGACGUGGUAUGCUGUUUUAGACUAUAGCACUAAUUACUGCAACCUGAACAACCUGAUCACAGGAGCUGGGCUAGACAAGGCUAAGGCCUACAGUGAGACUACCAGUGACAGGAUCUGUACGCAAUAUUCUUCAAGAAACUGUGACAAGUAUUAAUAACAUAACAUUCCAGGACAUUUCAAUAUUUGUAGACAAUAAUUAACAUCCAUGACUUUCUGUGCAGUUUCAAUAAAAUUUCAACAAUUAUUUCCAUGAAAAUCAGUUGGAUAACAUCGAUAAUGUUGUGUGAUGAGACAAUGGAGAAAAGGUGUUUCUGGAAAAUCUUACAUCCCUGGUAGUUAAGAAAUCACUUAUACAAGGGGUCCAUAAAGUCUCUUUACAAUUACAAUACAAAGUCUGUGUAGUGAAAAGACUUUAUUGACACCCUGUGAGUAUGUGUAUAUGACAAUUAUGUAUUUGUAAAGGCCUUUUAGCUAAAUGUUGUCAAAUGCUUCAUGCCUGUUGCCAUAGAGAUGUUAAGAACUCCAUUCAAUGUAUAUUCGAUAUGUGCUUAUAAUUGCUGUAAAAUUGCUUGAUUUCAACAGGCAAACUUACUGAAAAUAAUAAUUUCGACAUUUGCCCUUUCGCCUGUUGCCAUAGAAAUGUAAAGAACUCCUUUCAGUGAAUCUUCGAUAUAUGCUGCUGUAAAAUAGCUUGUAUAUAGAUUUUUACAAAUAACAAAUUGGAUUUUUAUUUUCACAUGAAAGUGAUGUGAGUUUUGAUGUAUGAACAUAAUAAGUUACUAGACAACAUAGAAUAAAAAUAUUGAUUUCUAUAAA